CUCGUUAUUCGGCCAUGUUUUAAUAUGCUUGGUAGCUUCGCAACGUCUCACAUACAACUCCCUCCUUCAUCGUGUACGCAUCUUUAAAACCAUUGGACUUUUUUGUUUUUGUCAUUUUUAUUUUGUUUUGGAGCGUUGCACACCAUGCCAUCCCCAAGAUACUCGUACACGGUGACGGCACCGGAGAAGCCGGCUGUCGCUCUAUCGGCGGCGAAAUCCAACGUGCGACGUAUGGCUCCGUCCUUGUCUCGUUCUAAGCUGAUGUCCACCUUCAUGGGUCUCAUCAUCAACCAAGCCAAGAAGCAGAGUCCACAAGGCCUGGUGGGACUGAAGAACCUGGGAAACACGUGUUUUAUGAACUCCAUCCUCCAGUGUUUGAGUAACACUCCAGAGUUGAGGGACUACUGCCUGAGGGAGGUCCAUCGAACAGACCUGAACGACAGGACCAAUUCAGCCCUUGUCGAAGAGUUCGCCAAGCUGAUUCAGAGCUUGUGGACGUCAGUCAACAAUGAGACUUUUAUCCCUUCCGAUUUCCGGAGCCAGGUUCAGAUUUGCGCUCCCAAAUUUGCAGGUUGCAAUCAGCAAGACGCCCAGGAGUUUCUGCGUUUCCUACUGGACGCCCUCCACAACGAGGUGAACCGAGUGACGGAGUGCCCCGGUGCGUCCGUCGAGGACUUUGACCACCUCUCUGACGAGGACAAAGCCAAACGAAUGUGGAGCAUGUAUUUGGAGCGGGAGGAUAGCAAAGUUGUGGAUCUGUUUGUCGGGCAGCUGAAAAGCUCCCUGACCUGCACCGUAUGCGGCUUCCGCUCCGACGUCUUCGAGCCCUUCUGGGACCUUUCCAUUCCCAUCGCAUCGAUGACCUCGGGCGAGGUGACUCUGAAAGAUUGCCUGAGACUCUUCACCAAGGAGGACGUGUUGGACGGCGAUGAGAGGCCGACUUGCAACGGAUGCAAAAGCAGGCAGAAAUGCACCAAACGAUUCAGUAUUCAGAAGUUCCCUCAGAUACUUGUGCUUCACCUCAAGCGUUUCUCUGAGUCCAACGUCCGAGCCAGUAAGCUGUCAACGUACGUCGACUUUCCCCUCAAAGAGCUGGACCUCAGGGAGUUUGCGUCCGACAGCAGCGACCGCGCCAUGUAUAACCUCUACGCCGUGUCCAACCACUGGGGGAACACGCUGGGCGGCCAUUACACAUCUUACUGCAAAAAUGCCAUUGUUGGCGAAUGGUACGGCUUCAAUGACUGCAGGGUGAGCCACAUGUCCUCCAGCCAGGUACGCAGCAGCAAUGCCUACAUCCUCUUCUACGAAGUUGCCAAAAACCAGACGUUUCACCUGUAGACGGCCCCAGUUACAAAACAGAACAAACAAAAAAAACAAGCGACAUAAAUGGUUCACUGCUGGAGGAGAGCGCCACCUUGUGGCUCAGACUGUGACAGACGGGUCAUGGGAUGAACUGGAAUCCAUGAACCAUGAUUGAGGAGUUUUUUUUUUCUUAUGCACUCUAAACACGGACAUUUGGAGACACAAAAAGCUGUCAAACUUGACUGCCGUGUUUUUAUUUAUUUUGUCAGAGGCGAGAGGUAAGGUAACUUGACAGUGCUUUGUAAAGCUCAUCACCAAGGAGAGAUGAUGCUUUAUUUUUGUACAGCGCGAUUAACGUACAACACCAAACGCAGCGCAACAAGGAAAAAAAUGGUGCUCAAUGCGUGCGUGUGUGCAUGUUUGUUUUUAUUAACAAUUAAAAGCCAUUGCGAACUUA